AUGAGUCUAAGGUACCCGGAUUUUCUCGGGCCUCUGAAUCUCCAGCAAAAGGGCUCCUCUGCCGAAUCCGAGGCUCCCUCGAAACAGCACAAUCCUCCGCCUCCCCACCAGCCUUCGCUGGAAUCAGGUCUCAAGAACCACCCACUGGAUGCCAAAAACUCCCAGGCUUUUCCCGACAUGAACCUUGACUCCGAUCUCGACUUCGACCUGCUCUUGAAAUCGAAGCUACUGGCCUUGAGUGUCCAGAAUGACUCCCACCGUGACGAUCUUUCCGCCCAGCCACCCUUGUCAAAAAACUCAUUUUCCCCAUUGACUGGUGCCCACAAUGGGUUUGGCUUGGACCAUAGCCCUGCGUUUGGCGCGUUUGGCGAAUUUGGACCCUUUCAUAAACAGACAAACACCUUUCACCUCCCUUUGGAGUUGCAAGGCGGCAUCGGCAACAUUUCCUCAAGACGGCCAAGUUACGCUGCCGAGUCUUUCACUAGAUCCCAGCCACAACAACACUCUCCAGCUUCGCAACCAUUUGCUGGUCCUGCUCCUUCCACGUUUCAUCCUAACGCUGGCUCUUCAAACAAAACCUCUUUGGCUUCCUUUGCAGCCGCCAAUAACUUCUCCCUUAAUGCUUCUCAACAACAACAACAACAACAACAACUGCUGCAGCAUUCGCAACAGCAAAACAGAGGGCUGGUUCUGGGCCAGCAGCUAGGGCAGCCUCAAAACCAGCACAAUUUCGGUCAGGAUGCUCUCUCUGACUCUUUACAGAAUCUUUCACUUAACGCCAACUUGUCAGAUUUCCAGGCGAGACGACCAUCUCAGUUAGCGGAUUAUCAGGCUGUUCCCCAAAGUCAGUUCUACCCCUCUUUCACCCCCCAGCAGCUGUCGUUCUUCGCUUCUGGUGCACCUGUCUCCUUCAAUUCAUUCCAUGCGUUUCAGCCGGCUGGCUCGGCUGGAAUGCCCAUGGGUGGUGCACCAAGCUCAGCACCGCAGGGCCAGAACCAGCAAUUCUCCUCGAACCCUCAGGUUGGCUCUGGCUCAGGAGGUGCCGAUAUGUAUCCGUCGACUCAUCCGGGUCAGACCAUGAAGCUAGAUAAUGGACUUUUGCUCAAAGACCAAUACAUUAUGGUGUCGCCUGAACUAAAACAACAGUUUCUUUCUGCUGUGAGAUAUUUUCAGGAUCCAGACUUGAGUAACAAGAUCUUGAACAAGUUGUACGAACUUUUGGCGAAUCCUGUGGUUCAAAAGUUGGUGACUUUCGUCAAAAACUUGAAUAACCUCACGUUUAAUCACAAGAUGUUGUGUCUUGUGGUCAACAAAAAUGGAAAAUUAGAUUUAUUGUCUUACCCCAGUAAUUCCAAUAUCUUUCUUCAACGUGACAAUUUAGUUAUCGUUGAUGGUGACAGGGGAAAGGACUUGGUCAUGAUCUUGGAGCCUCUAGUCAAUCUUGAUUUUGCAAUUUUGUUCAAUUUCCUCAAGAAGAUUGAGCACCUCAAAUCUCUCACAAUCAAUGAUGCGAAUGGUGGUACCUCUGUGAAGGGGAAUCAUAGUGGCGGUACACAUUCUACAUCUAUGGACGCAUCCGCCAUUAUCAACAAGCAUUCCAACGAAGAUAACGAGUUCAUCAUCACCCUUCCUACAAAACAAGUGUUGCGCUUCGCAACUCCAAAAGAGAUACUGAAGUUGAGUGGCAAGUUUUUAGAGGAGAAAAAGGCCUUCAUCACCUGUUUUAACAAAAUCAAGGAGUUGGGGCUUAGCAACGACCUAACGCUUAUAAAUGUCGAGUACCAGUGCGAUUUCAAGAAGUUGAUCUUCUACUAUUAUGCUGAUUUUAAGCGAAUCGACUUUCGCGGUUUAAUCAAAGAACUAUUUAAGAUUUACAAGACAAGGAUUUGGCUAUGCGCCGUCUUGCCAUAUGAUAGACGAGAGCUUUAUACUAACCUUUCGAAGGAGGAGAGAAGUGGUGAGGAAUCUACGUUUGGCUGUAUUCCAAAGGAGUACGAGUUGUCGAAUGAACAAAUCAUGAACUUCUCUGUCAAGGAAUUCGGUAAGUUGCCGAAACCAACAUACUUUCAUCUGAAGAACAUGUACAACUUGGUGCUCAAUCUCGAGAAUGAUCUCAACGGCAAGUUCUAUGGAUUCACACUGAUGAAAGGAAAUUCUGGCAUUGACAACAGUGUACAGGCACAAGAAGAUCUUUCUUCUUCAGGAACCUCCCCUCGCGGCGCCCCAGCUAAGGGACAAGAGGAAAUCGUAGGCAAAAAUGGUAGGAGUCCCAACAAGAAGAAGACAGACUACCAGAUCACACCAAGUUUUGAUCCUUUUGGUAAACAAAAAAAUGUAUAA